AUGGCCGUGAUCGCAGAGGAUUUCAGAAUAUCAGCUGCGGUACCUCAGUCACUGCUCUCCGUUCUCUCGCAAAGUGAUGAUUUGAUUGCCGACGAGCGUCCCGUCAAACGACGCAAGGUUGCUAAGUCGGGCCCAUAUAGUCUCGCCCAGGAAAAUGGGAUUUCUCCAACAGGGGUUCCAUUGGGCUAUAUUCCAUUGGCUCGGCUAGCUUUGCGCAUGAAGCUUACACCAACCUCCAACUCGAAUGACCACACAUCACAUAUAUCGGCUGAAUCCUCUCAUAAAAUACCCGUCAUCUUGGAAAUUCGAAACUGUCUUAUACUCCAGGAUGAGGCGGUCGAUGAAGUUGCGCACAGCGAGCUUAAUCCCGAAUCAUACACAGUUUCGCUAUACGAUACCGAUACCGAUGACAAGCGUGAAUUAUUGUUCAGGCAUGAAUUCGAUGAUUCGCGACUCUUCGGUUUCCUCGAGCAGCUUCACCAAGCCAGCCUUCUCAGUGCCGCGGACCGUUACUGGAAUCGCGCGCCAGUAGCAAGCUACCAGGCCUCCGUUCAAUACUCUCCGAGUGAUCAGCUUUUGAAUCUGGAGGUGACUACACUUUGGAAAGAUUCGGUUGAUGUUCCCGACUUCACCCACCUUCAAGUAGGGGCGUUGGAGGCAUUUGCCCAAUAUGCCCUGAAGGAGCCAUUUGAUAGACCAGUCGGAUACGAUGCAAGACGAAAACACCGAGAAUGGCUCCUCGGAUCCAUUCGGAAUUGGUCUCCACGCGAAUUCUACCAAAGUGUGCAUGUCCCGCAAGACACAAUAGACGCAUCGGCGAACAUAAACUGUCCUGAUCUUGUGUGUGAACUUUUCCCUUUCCAGAGACGGGCUGUCAGAUGGCUCUUGAGACGUGAAGGAAUGGGCUUGGAGAAGGAUGGGAAGCUUGUACCAAUCGACAAAUCACCCAAUGGAAACCUCCCCGCAUCCUUCAGCCAUAUGAAAGAUGCAGAUGGGCAAGACUGUUACUUUAGUCAUCUCUUCAUGAUCAUCACCCGCGAUAUCUCUCACUGGACCGACGCUGCGGACACCCUACGCGGUGGUAUUCUCGCAGAAGAGAUGGGACUAGGGAAGACGGUUGAGAUGAUCGCCUUAAUGAGCUUGAACCGACGCCCGGGCCAAGUCAAACCAGACCCAGAUGGGCUGAGAGUUUCGGGUGCUACUCUAAUUAUCACGCCACCUGCCAUCCUGGAGCAGUGGAAGCAAGAAAUCGAGCAGCAUGCUCCAGCACUUCGCGUUCACCACUAUACCGGAAUCAAGCGCAACCAAGACCAGUCGGAUGAUUUGAUCGUAGAGGAAAUCGCCGAUUUUGAUGUUGUACUGACAACUUACAACGUUAUCUCCCGAGAGAUCCAUUAUGCUGGCGGUGCUCCAGCCCGCAGUCUGCGGCACCAGAAGAGAUUCGAGCCUCGGAAAACGCCUCUAGUCCGCAUAUCAUGGUGGCGCGUUUGUCUUGAUGAGGCACAGAUGAUUGAGAGUGGAGUGAGCAACGCGGCGAAAGUGGCGCGGCUGAUUCCCCGCCAGAACGCAUGGGCUGUGACUGGUACACCACUGCGCAAAGACAUUGACGAUCUGUCUGGCCUUCUGCUGUUCCUACACUACCAUCCAUUUUCCUACUCCAGUCAGUUGUGGAAACGACUAUACUCCCGUUUUGGACCUGUUCUUGUCAAAAUCAUCAACAAUAUUGCCCUUCGACAUAGCAAGGACCGAGUUCGGGAUGAGCUCCGCCUUCCGCACCAGAAACGUGUUGUUAUCACCACUCCAUUCACUGCCAUUGAAGAACAACACUAUGGUCAAUUGUUCGAGGAGAUGUGCGACUACUGUGGCCUUGAUGCCUUUGGUGCACCCCUCCGGGGUGACUGGAAUCCGGACGAUCCAUCCAUAAUUGAAAAGAUGCGAACCUGGUUAACUAGACUCCGACAAACCUGCCUACAUCCCGAAGUCAGUGGGAGUAAUCGAAGGGCCUUGGGUGCAGGAAACGGGCCGCUCCGCACCGUCGACGAGGUCCUCGAAGUCAUGAUUGAAACAACCGAUACUUCCAUCCGCACAGAAGAACGAUCGCUUCUUUUAUCGCAGCUGCGGCGUGGUCAGCUCCUUGAGACCGCAAGACGUGGGAAAGAGGCUCUGGCAUUGUGGCAGACAACUCUCGAGUAUUCCACAGAGCUUGUCAAGGAUAGUCGAGAGCAAUUACGGCUGCAGCGACUGAAAAACAAAGAGAACGAAACAAACGGAGAUGCGGUGACCAACUCAGAAACCCCGGACAUUAGUGAUGACGAGGCGGAAGAAGUAGAUAAAAACAGCCGCAUCGGCCAGUGUCGACUCAAAUUGCGCGCCGCUCUUGAGGUUCAGCAUAUCGCCGUAUUCUUCACUGCAAAUGCAUAUUACCAGAUCAAAACCGACACGAAUCUCACCCAGCCCGACUCCGAUGAAUUCCAGGCCCUUGAGAAAAAGGAAGUUGAAGGAUACGAGGCUGCCAAAGUGAUUCGGAAGGAGAUGUUGACCGACAUUUCGAAGAAGGUGGAACGAUACAUGCGAAUCAUCAAAGAAAAGACUCGGAAGAACGAAUUUGUGAACAUUCCUGUGAUGAAGCCGUUCCUCUACAGCAGAGGACUGGAAUCCUACCGCCUGCUGAACAAGUUUGAAGAUUUGUGCGCUGCCCUGAACGAACAUGCAAAACAAUACAAAGCUUGGCGUGAAGUGAUGACAAAAUUGGUUUCCCAAUCGCUAAUAGAUCAAGAAGAAGACGCCGAACUUGAGGGUGACGAGUACGAGCGAUCGACCAAGCAUCAGGAUGAGAUGUAUGUCUACAUGGAAGCUUUGCGGUCGAUGUACGCCGAUCGCCACGAUGCUCUCACUGGCCAAAAGAACAUCCUUAUCUCCCACGAAGUCAAAGCAGGCAUCAUCCAAGCGCAAAGGGAUGAAGGCCCAUCACCAAAGCUGUUCCUGUCUAUCAUGAAUACUCGCAGUGAACUUAUGCCAGAUCCCGAAUUUGGCUCCCUCCGUGGCAUCGUUAGUGAACUUCGCAGCUUGGUGACUUCGCUGGAGUGGCAAGCUAGUGGAGGUAGCUCGCGCGCGAGUGCUGAGUUGGAAAUGGUCGGCAUGGUUUUGAAAAAUGCUGGCCAGAUGAUUUCCGAACAGCUGAAGGUGUCAUCGAACUUGGAACGAGAAGUGGAGAUGUUCCGUGAUACGAUGAACAACCGGUUGGAGUACUACCGUCAUCUACAACAGAUUUCAGAUACGGUUGCGCCUUAUGAUGAAGAAAAUGCUGGAAAACCCAUGGACGAAGCUCUCUUCGCAUCCAAGUUGAAGCAAGAGGAGACUCUUGAAAGCAAAAUCUCAUCUCUGAAGUCCAAACGCCGGUAUCUUCUCCAUCUGCGAGACGAGUCUGGAUCGGAGGAUAGUUCGAGAAUUUGUAUUAUCUGCCAGUCAAGCUUUGAAGUCGGCGUUUUGACUGUCUGCGGCCACAAGUACUGCACCGACUGUCUACGACUAUGGUGGCGCCAGCACCGAACUUGCCCAAUGUGCAAGAAGCCUCUCAAAGUGAAUGACUUUCACCAGAUCACCUACAAGCCGCAGGACCUGGUUGUUCAGGAGGAAGAAGCACCGGUCAAAUUUGACCAUGAGCGACACUCGAAGAAUGCAAUAUACAGCGACAUAAGCUCGGGUCUUCUAAAGGAAAUCAAAAACAUCGAUCUCGAUGGAUCUUUCGGAACAAAGAUCGACACCCUCGCGAGGCAUGUUCUAUGGCUGCGCGAACAUGAUCCCGGCGCCAAGUCGAUCAUCUUUUCCCAGUACAAGAAUUUCUUGGCUGUUUUACAAAGAGCGUUUCAUCGAUUUGGCAUUGUUAACAGUAGUGUUGAUGCCCCCAAUGGCAUUGAGAAGUUCAAGCAAGACCCCGCUGUUGAAUGCUUCCUGCUUCACGGCAAAGCACAAUCCUCGGGAUUGACCCUAAUCAACGCAACCCACGUAUUUCUCUGUGAACCGCUAAUAAACACCGCCAUCGAGCUCCAAGCCAUCGCCCGAGUCCAUCGAAUCGGCCAACACCGCCCAACCACCGUGUGGAUGUAUCUUGUUUCAGGAACCGUGGAGGAAUCGAUCUACGAGCUCUCAGUAACCCGCCGACUAGCCCACAUCCUCGAGAAAGAAAAACAGGAGAAGAACGCACGCACUUUGACCAACGGCAACGGGGAAGAAGCAUUGAUUGAAGAUUUGACCGAGACGGCUAUUGAUUCUGCGAAUUCGAUGGAAUUACAAGAUGCGACUUUGACCAAUCUAAUGACUAGUGGUGCUUCAGGUGGAGAAAUGGUCAAGAAGGAUGAUCUGUGGCAGUGUCUUUUCGGAAAUUCGGAUCAGAAGGAUGGAAAUGACCGCUCGACUGAUGCUGAGAGGGAGGUUGGUCGGUUUUUGCGGGGGGGAGGCUGCUGA